AUGCUGGCACUGCUGCUGGGCACGCUGCUGUGGGCGCCGUGGCGGACGCUGCAUGGGGCACCGCUGGCCGAGCUCUCGGGAGACCACGGAUUCCAGGUCUUCCUGCAGAAGAACCUCGAGUUCACCCGCAAGAUCAAGGGGGACGUGGCCGCGCUGCAGCGCGUGGUGUGCGACACUUUCCAGCUGUGCAAGGAGGAAGAGCUGCUGCUGGUGCGGCAGGACCUGGGCAUCACACAGGCGCCGCUGGAGCAGUGCCACAGCCGCACCUUCCAGGCGGAGGCCUGCUUCAGCCAGAUCCGUGAUGGGCUCCGCAUCUACCACGGCUCCCUCGCCGCUGUCCAGGAACUGCUGCCCGGGCACACCGGGCUGGUGGAGACCCUGCAGCUGGAUGCUGCCAACCUCUCUUCCAACAUCCAGCAGCAGAUGGAGGACCUGGGUCUGGCCACGGUGACGUACCCCACGGAAAGCCGGGGCCCCCUCCCCGCCUUGUCCUCCCACUUCCACCACCAGGUUGGCGGCUUCUUCGUCCUGGCCAACUUCCAGCGGUUCCUGGAGACGGCGUACCGGGCGCUGCGGCACCUCACCCGCCUCUGA